AUGGCUUCUCCCAACCACCACGGCUGGACGACCGAAGAAGACGUCUUCCUCUACCACCUCCUGCACUGCUACCUCAAGGGUAUUCUCGACGACGAGAGCCCUCCGCUGCUGCGGCAGUACCUUGCCCGAGAGCUCCAGUGCAAGCCACUGCGUAUUUCCAAGCGGCUCGCCAAGGGCCAGUGGCUCCUCGGCCACUACCUCGCGCACACCUUUGGCCGCGUCUGCUACGAGCCCGCGGCGACAUUCACGCAGGCCGACGUCGAGUCGCUCAACCAGGUCAAACUCGCCCGCAACCACUUUCACGUGGCGCUCCAGCGCAAACGGUCUGGUCGGCACCAGAAGACAACUGGUCGCAAGAUUCUCAGCAUCGCCGAGAUGAUCUAG